CCCAGACCACACCCACAAAACCAGCCCAAACCCUCUGGCUCCGCCCCCUGCUCCGCCUGCCCCUCAACCUCCACACUUCCCCAAAAGAAACUCCAGCGUUAUCCCGGAUCCAUGGGGGCAACUUCAGCCGAGUUUAAUGGCCCGAAGAUGAUCCGUACGUAGCAGCGGAAAUGUCUCCCAAAGUGCCCAGUGGCCAAAGCCGAGCGGAUUAUUCCGCAGUGCAAGUCGCUGUCCGGGUGCGUCCCCUGCUCCCCAAAGAGCUGCUCCACUGCCACGAGAGCUGCAUCACUGUGGACUCGGAGCUGUGUCAGGUCACUCUGGGCCACGACCGAAACUUUCUUUGCGACUAUCUAUUUGAAGAAAGUUGCUGUCAGGAGGAGGUUUAUUCCUCGUCUGUCCAGCCACUCAUAGAUGCUUUCUUCCAAGGAUUCAAUGCUACGGUCUUUGCCUAUGGGCAGACGGGCUCAGGGAAGACUUACACCAUCGGAGAAGCUAAUAUUUGUUCCUUUCGGGAUGAGGAGCAGGGUAUCAUACCCAGGGCUGUUGCAGAUGUCUUCAAGCUGCUAGAUGAAAAUGACCUCUCAGACUUCUCCGUCCGAGUGUCCUACCUGGAGGUUUACAAAGAGGAGUUCAAGGAUUUACUGGAUGUGGAGACGGCCAGCAAGGACAUCCACAUCCGGGAAGAUAAAGGCAACAUUGUUUUGUUUGGCGUAAAGGAGUGCGAGGUGGAGGGCCUCGACGAGGUGUUGAGUUUACUGGAGUCAGGAAACACGGCCAGGCACACUGGUGCAACCCAGAUGAAUCUAAACUCCAGCCGGUCUCACACCAUUUUUACCCUCUAUAUGGACCAGCGGCGGGGAAGCUCUCGCCUUUAUGGGACUACUACAAACUCUGGACCACAAAUGUUGUCUUCCAAGUUCCACUUUGUUGACCUGGCGGGGUCUGAGCGCAUCCUAAAGACGGGGAACACUGGAGAAAGACUGAAAGAGAGCAUCCAGAUCAACAGCGGCCUUCUGGCUCUUGGAAAUGUUAUAGGGGCACUGGGGGACCCCAAGAGGAAAGGCUCUCAUAUACCAUACAGAGAUUCUAAAAUCACAAGGAUACUAAAGGACUCUUUGGGUGGAAAUUCAAAAACACUGAUGAUUGCCUGCAUCAGCCCGUCUUCGUCGGACUUUGAUGAGAGCCUGAAUACACUAAACUACGCCACGAGGGCCAGAAACAUUCAGAACCGGGCGACCGUCAACUCCAAGCGUGAGCCAGAUCGGGUCGAGGGGCUGGAGCAACAAAUCAAGGCCCUUCGCAGAGCCCUGGAAAACCGCCAGCGCUCAGAGACCCGCAUCAUUUCUCACGCCGAUCCAAACCGGAGACCUCGACUCGGGGAGGGAGAGAUCAGCCGACUGCAAGCCCAGAGCGCCCACUACAGGACGUGCACAGACACCGCUUACAGGUUGAUGCGGGAGCUGCAGAGCGAAGGGGCUCUGACGGCAGAGCAGAGUGUGAGAGUGAAGGAGUGGCUGUGCUCAGUGGAGGAGGAGCGCAGUGGACUGACCACUGCCUCGGGUCCAGACAGCGGCAUCGAAAACAGCUCCACUGAGGACAGUGUUGCAUUGAGGAGGGGAAGACCACCUGCGAGGAACCAGGAUGCAGAGACUGCUGUGGAGGACAGGUGGAGCAAUGAGCAUGGAGACAAAGAGGAUGGUAUCGUCCUGCUUCAGGCACAGAUCGAGCGCUUGGAGGGAGAGAACGCAGACUUUUUAGCGGCUCUGGAGGACGCUAUGGAGCAAUACAAGCAGCAGAGUGAUAAGCUGCAGGAGCAACAGGACUUAAUCGUGCAACUACAGUGUCUGCUGUCCAGUCCAGGGCUGAUGGGCCUGGGCCUUAACUUGAGACCACGGCCGUACACCGCCCCCAUGGGCUCCUUGCAGAACAGUCAGAAUGGAGGCACAUACAGACAGUUACAGGUCAGUCCAGUGGGUGGGGAGCUCUAUAGGGAUCAAGGUGGAAGCCUUUAUGAGGAGCCGGAGACCUUAGCUGGAGCAGAAAUGCAAGACACAGAAGAAGAGGGAAGUCAACCCAACCUCAGCCAGGAGAGACGCAAACAGGUGAACCCGACAUGGACCAAGGGGGACAUGCUGUCAUUGGGACUAGUGAUUGGUGCUAAAGGACUCUUAUCCCUGCCUGAGCCCGACCGGCACCCCUGUUUCGCCAGAAAAGCAUCCAACUCCAGUAGUGGGGAGACUUCGGUGCGCGGAAGUCUGAAAGCUUUUGAGGGCGUUUCCGAGUUGGGACUUCUUCAGGCACAACAGAAGAUCAGGGAGCUUUCUCUCACCAUCCGUAUGAAGGAAGAACUCAUCAAGGAGCUGGUUAAAACUGGUAAGGAUGCGCAGGCCCUGAACAAGCAAUAUAGCCAUAAGAUCACAGCUCUGGAGAGUGAAGCUGUGCAGGCUCGACAGGAGCUGCAGGAGGCCCAACGGCAGCUACAGGAUCUGGAGAGACAAGAGAGAGAAAUCAGCACAACGGACAAAACCAGAGCACAGGAAUGUCGCAGGAAGAUCGCCGCUGCUCAGAGCAAAGUUCAGGUUCUCAGUCAGCGUCAGAGGGAUACAGCUCGUCUGGCUAACCUUCCUGCCCAGAGCGAACGCCGUGUCGUAGAGCUGGAGAGAAGCGUUCAGAGUAUGAGGCAGCAGCAGGAGCAGCUGCAAAGGCGGCUGCGCCAGGAAAGUCAGCAGAAAAGGCGUUUGGAGAGCGAGAUGCAAAGAAGAACUCAUAGAGUCAAGGAACUGGAGAUAAAGAAUGAGCAGCAGCAAAAGAUUCUGAGAAUAAAGACGGAGGAGGUCGCUGCCUUCCACAGGCAGAGACGCAGCGGCAGUAACGGCUCCGUCAUCUCCUUGGAAGAACAACAGAAGAUUGAAGAACAAAAGCGCUGGCUGGAUGAGGAGAUGGAGCGGGUUCUGGACCAGAGAAAAGAACUGGAAGAUCUAGAAGGAGAGCUCACUAAACGAGAGCAGAUCCUGGCCAAGAAAGAAGCCUUACUGCAGGAACGCAGUGAACUGGAGACCAAGAGGCUCCGCUCCAGUCAGGCCUUGAGUAAAAACCUGGUGACGCUCACGGGGCGCAUUGAGUCACUUGAGCAAGAGUUGAGCGAGAGGAAUGGUCUUCUCCGCAGCAGCAGUGCUCAAGACUCGCAGCAGAUUCGCCAGGAGAUCUCCAACCUCCGUCAGGAGAAAGAUUCGCUGCUCAAACAAAGAGUGGAGCUGGACGAUAAGCUGCGCCAGGGGAGCCUCCUCUCACCUGAGGAGGAGAGAACACUUUUCCAGUUGGAUGAGGCUAUUGAGGCUCUGGAUGCAGCCAUUGAGUACAAGAAUGAGGCCAUCACUCAGAGGCAGAGGCAGCUGAGGGCGUCUGCCAGCGUGCUCUCCCAGUGGGAGAUGAAUCUUAUGGCCAAACUCAGUUACCUGUCUGCCUCUGAGACCAGAGCUCUGCUGUGCAAGUACUUCGACAAGGUGGUGUCUCUGCGGGAGGAGGAGCGUAAACUCCAGCUCGCGCUGGCUGAGUUUGAAAUGCAACUGGAUGAGCAGCAAAAGCUGGUGCAGUGGCUGGAGAACGCCCUCGAUCGCACACAACUCGACACGGAUCGUCGGCUCACACAACAGCAGAAGGAACACGAGCGGAGUGUGCAGCUCCUACUGCAGCAGUGUCGAGAGCAAAUAGACGAGGGCCUGGCAGGAAGGCAGAGGCAGUAUGAAGGAUGGAUCCAUAACCUCAGCAAGGAACUGACCCACUACAAGACAGCAAACCUGGAACUAAGCAACAAACUGAGGUUCUGUGGUUCCGGCUGCCAGACAAAAGAUGCUGGUAAAGUUUCGGCAGCUGACGGCCGACCAGCAGGCCUCGGCAGCACGGAGAAGCUGAGCCGCUGUCCUGAGGACAGUCCCGCAGGCAGGGGGACGGGACCUUCCAGGUCCAGGGAAGAAAUGCGUGAGCUGGUGAACACCCCUCUGCCGUCCACGUGGAGACGCUCCUCUCUGCCUACGGAGGAGCCUGCUGUCAUGGAGGAGUUCUGGCUUCAAGCAGCUGCGGACGUCCCCACUAAGCGCGUCGUCCAGUCGGGUACGGGGACGCCGACGCUGCCUGUGGUAAAGUCUCGCAGAGAGUCCCGACGCUCCAGCCUCAGCGCCGGGCCGCUGACUUCCAGCAGCGCGCUAAUCGACGUGCGGAAGAAUCCUGUUUGAGAGCACAUGUCUUGGGCUACUCGAGACCAUUCACACUGGGGUUCCUGGAAUGUUUUCACAUUAGUCCUCUUUUUAGUUUUGUAUUUUAUUUUUUUGUACUUUUUGUAUAAAAAUGAAUAUGUAAUACACAAGGACACCGGCUGGUUUCUACAAGAAGCGCUGUCAGUAACGUAGGGUUGAUGUUUGUGUCAUGUAUUAAUUGGUAGCUCUGGUCUGCCUUGAAAGUCAACGAUGUGAAUAUUUUGUGUCAAUACAAAACGAUGCUGUUUAAUCCUGUCGCCUUUUUACCUUCUGCAGUAUUUUAUAUUAAAAGGUCUUUGCCACUCACAA